AAACAAUUAUGAUUUAUGAUCUCCCACAUCUCUCUCUCUUACCUUCUUUUUCCAAUCCAAACGCGUUCAUGUUGAUGUUUACACUUGUCAUUAACUUAAUUACCAAUAUCUCCCUCUCUUUCAGCUCUCAAUAUAUAUAAUACCAAGUGAUCAACUGAGAAAUACCAUCAACCUCAAAUGGCAAUGCCAAUGGACGAAGAAGAAGCCUCUAUCCAUGACUACCCGCCCGGCUUUCGCUUUUACCCGACCGAGGAGGAGCUCGUUUCCUUCUAUCUCCGCCAUCAGCUUCAUACCCAGCUCCCCGAAAAGCACCGCGUCAUCCCCCUCCUCAACAUUUACGACUCUAAGCCAUGGGACCUCCCCAAGCUGGCCGGGGAGCUGUGCAAAGGGGACAGCGAGCAAUGGUUCUUCUUCGUUGCUCGUCAAGAAAGAGAAGCACGAGGAGGCCGCCCCACAAGAACCACCGCCGCCGGCUACUGGAAGGCCACCGGCUCUCCGGUCUACGUCUACUCCUCCGCCAACAAGAUCAUCGGACUCAAAAAGACGAUGGUCUUCUACAAAGGCAGAGCCCCCACCGGUACCAAAACAAAAUGGAAGAAGCACGAAUACAGAGCAAUCGACGAUUACGCCAAAUUGAGGCACGAAUUUAGUCUCUGCCGAGUUUAUGUCAUUUCCGGAUGCUUUCGGGCCUUCGAUCGCCGCCCCAUGGAAGUCAUCGCCGCCGCCGGGAACAACCAGGAUCGGAAAAUGAAGGGGAAAGUUACUUCGCCGGAGAUUUCGUGUUCGGCGGUGGCGGCGAUGGCGGACUGUGACGGAAGUGGUAGUAAUUGGAGGAUGGUUGAAGAUGAAGAAUUUGAAGAACCCAUUUGGGAAUGGAACAAAAUCGAUUGGCCCUAGAAAUAGAAAUCUCGAUAUUCAUUGAUGACCCUAUAUGUUAGGCCUAUUUUACAAUAAUGUAGAAGAAUUCUCAGCGGAUUUAAGAAAUUAUUUGUAACAUUAUAAACUAUUGGAGUUCAAAACUAUUUAUCUUCUA